ACUGACUAACAGAGAGAGUGAGUGUUGAGACUCUGUGUUGCUAUACAUUCAUACAUACAGUGAGACUCUAUUGCAUUGAUUACCCAUUGAAUAGCAGUCGACUCCUUCACUCAUUGACAACACAUUCAUAUUAUUAUAUAUUAAAACCAUAUUAUGAUUGACACGAUUGACAACUGUUGUCGACAUUAAGCUUACCAUUGAAUUGAUCCACAAGAGUGUCGACAUAUAGUAUUAGAGUAAGCGAUUGGCCAUAACUGCAACCAAUUUGAUUGUUGUCUACCAUUACAUUGCAUUGUUGUGUUGAAUAGUCUUUGUGUGAUAAAAGCAUCGCAAGUAUUGUCAUUGUUUGCCAUCGAUGACGCUCUUAGUGAUGACAUAUGCUAUACAUUAGGUUGUAUUGCAAUCAAUCAAUCGGUUGAUCACAAGAUUGGACAGCAUUACUACCAAUGUUUUUAUCGUAAGAGAGAUUGCACUUAAUUGGCAUACAUUUUGAGCCCAUUUUGUGGCCUAAAAAACCUUUCACCAAAUUUGAGGUCAACCUCUUUGCGAUCCAGUCGUGGCCGUCGGUAACCAACUUCUAGUUGGAGGACAGGUAUGUCUUCAGGUGUUGGCGACCGGUUAAUCAAGUUUUUGGGCCUUAAGUCUACGGCAACGCAACCGCAGUCCAACACUUGCACCGGAAGUAAUUGUCAGCCAAAUGAUCAUCAAAAUGGGUGUCCUAUGAAACCAUCGAAUAGUAUUAUUGAGUAUCAGCUCACAGAUGACCAACAAAAUGAUUUGUCCCGCAAAGCAAGUCUAGCGACACGCGUGAAGACCAUCAAAGAACUCGAAGAACUGGUCGGAUGUCAGCGUUUGGUUGAUUUCACCGUAAAAUCGAUAGUCUUUGAAACAAUUGAUCUUUUGGACGACAACUACUCGACAGACAUUAGACAUACUGUUUAUAAAUUUUAUAAGAGCCUAGCAUUGGGUCAAUUGGAUAAAUUAAGAGAUUUGCUGCCUAUCUUAUGGAGUCUGAUCUCAGACAAAGUGACUCAUGAAGAAGACAUUCCUCUUCGUAUGGAACUAUUGAUAGCUAUGACAGACGGCGGCCGUAACUAUGAACACAUUAAAUGCAAAAUCGGACCCUUUGUUAACCAAUGGUUUGACAAAACGAUUGUUUGUCAGCGAAUUAGUGCCGAUUUUUUAGAGUUUAUAACAAAUUUAAUCAAAAAUAACAACCAAUAUAUUGAUCAAAAUCUGAUGACAGACUUGACCACUAAAAUCUGUCAUUUGAUGCAACGAGUGAUCAAUACUGAAGAGAUGACUGCUUGCUAUCAUAUAAUGGAUGCUAUUAUUUGCCAUUCAAUGCUUCCUUUAAAAAUGUUAACAAUUUUUGUUAUUAUUUUAUGUAAAGGAGUUAACAAUUCUUAUUUUAAUAGCAUUUGUAUUAAAAUUAUGCGAAACCUUUUGAGUACACAUUUAGGACAUUCAUGUGUUGAUAGUUUGAGAUAUAUUUUAAAUGAUGAAACCAAUUACGGAGACUUGUUUUUAAUGAGAGGAGCCAUUAACUUCUUGUCGCGUUCACUAUGGGAUCAAAAUCGUAUUGAAACCUUAAGACAUACACCUAAUGUUAUUCUUCCCAUAUUUAAGAGUUCUCUCCAAUGCAAACAUCAAUCGGUAGCGUUUGAAGUCUUACAGUCACUUAUAUGUCUUAUUGAAAAUCAAAAGAAGAUAUUAAACGAACAGUCAUGGGAUCUAAUGCUUGACAUCGCCGAUGAAAUUGUAUUUAAUUAUGAGAUUUGUUGUGAAAACUCUGGUCACGAAUUUAAUCAAGUAUUUCAUAAAUUCUUGGAUAUCGUCGAAGAUCUCAACGAUAAAAAACAGUUUUAUGGCGAAACCGAUAAACUCUUUGCUCUUCUCGAAAAGUGUUCAUUAUAUCGAUCGGAACUGUCGGGCAAACGACUAAUACAAUAUAGGGCACAGUCUUUAAAAGCAGAUAAAGAUGAUUGGAUCGAUUCAUUGAAACAUUUGAUGGAUAUGUUUUACAAAGAGGAGAAGCGAAUAUAUAUACGACUGGAAGCACUCGACAUAUUGAGUGAAUUUGUCCGAAAUUACCGGUACAUCCAUGAGGAAGUUUUAUAUGAAGCAAUAAUAAUACCUUAUUUAAGUCACAUCGAGUCGGACACAAGUGUCGAGUGUCGGGGACGGGCUAUUCAAUUGCUGGUAGAUUUAGUCAAUGAUAGCAAUGUUGCCAAAAGAUGUGUAGAUAUUCUUGAUAUUCUCGAUCGGAUUUGCAAACGAGUAUUUGAAUGUAAUUAUGUCAGCGCUUCUAAUAAAAACAGUAAUACCAGUGAUAGCGAUGGCAGUGACAUAAAAACAGCAAUUCGUGGACUGAUUUCUUUAUUUAAGAAUAAAUUGUUUUCUAUUCCCGGUUUGACUGCAAUACAUGCUUUCAAAAUAAUUGUAAGUCAUUUGUCGGUCCACUACACGGUUCCCGACUAUAAUCCAUUUAUCGGACAAAUAGGUUCAGUUGUUAAACAAGAGAUAUUUGAUCUAUUGUUGAACAUCAGAGCCAACUCAAAGGGACAAAUCGGUGUUUUCUCUCAACGAAGUAAUCCCUCACAACCCGAUAAUACUCUGAAAUAUAGUUUAUUUAUUGUCUGUGAACGAAACGAAUUGAGUCCGAGUACCAGUUCCGCCGCAUCUCCUGUCGUAAGCGCCACAACUACUCCACAGACAAUAAACCCACUGUCACCGCCUCCCAGUCCAAUACAACACUCAGUCAACAUAAGCAAUCUUUGGACGCUAUCAUUCAAUGAUAUGUUUAAAGUCCUGUCCAUAUGUUUGCGAACCGAAAAGGAUUGGAUUGUUUUGAAACUCGUUUUGAACGCUUUGCCAAAAUUUCUCAAAAACAAAGCCAUUAUUCUGUCGGGAAGUCCUAAUGUUGCCAAUGAUUUGUGUAACGCUCUCUGCUAUCUCAUUAAUGAAACGUCUGCCAAAUUAACUGAACUCAUAACAACUGAUCCGAGGCUAACAAAAGCUGAUUUUCAAUCGUUUGUUUAUCCAUCGCUUUCAGCACUGGUUGGCUAUCAGAAUGAAUUAGAAUUUAAAAAUCAGUGUCAUAUAAUAAAAUGCUUACAAAAUGGAUUGAUUUUGGUUUCCGGAAAACCAAGUGUUUUGCGACAAAAUAUACUGUCUCUGACCAUAUGUGCCGUCGAAAUGCAAGAGGCAAUGACCAAAUGUUUACCCGAAACCCUAUUAAGUCUUUCCAAAAUUUCAGCUACUGUUGCACUAUCUAUACCUAAAUUAGAGUUUUUAUCAAAUGUAAUAUUAUUGUCGCAACUUUAUCACAAUUUUACAAUGGAUCAAUAUAUGAGUGUAUUUGCAAUAGCACUUCCAUACACUAAUCCUUUUAAAUUUAACGAGUAUACCGUUGCACUGGCCCACAGAGUGAUUGCAAUGUGGUUUCUCAAAUGUCGACUCCCGUGUCGCAAAUCUAUAGUUCCCUUUAUUAUUAAAGGUUUACAAACUAAUGUGUUGGAAGAAAUAAAUCAUAUGAACCAAUACAAUGACGCACAACGCCUAAGAAGCAGUAGUUUGAAUACAGACCAAAGUCUGGCCCAUAAAAACAAUGAAGCUAUUUUCCAACACAACCAACUCUCCCAACACUUACCACAGCAACAGAUCAAUAACAGCACUAUCUGUGAAAAUGAGUUUCAAGAGUCUAAACACGAGUUGGUCGAGACCUGUAUGGAUAUGUUGGCCUCUUAUACGUUUGGCAUGUGUUCUACUGUUCCAUUCAAGUCACCAAUGGUUGAACAACUUCUCGAUCGUAGCAAAAGUGAAACAUGGAUUGUCGGCCAUAAGUUGGUUACCGUUACAACCAGUGGUUGUGGAUCACGUGCCGUUUCCAAUGGACUCUGCGAUAAAUGUCUUCAAAUGUGUCGAAAUAGCGAUAAUUCUGAAAUCUCUUCAAAUGAAGACAUUGCUACAAAUAAUAACGAUGUAUUUCAGCAGUCAUUUGAAUCAAAGAAUAAAAUCGAGUUAACCAACUCUAUCGAUAGCGACAAAUUGGUCCGAAGGCGCCAUCAGUCAGAAAUAGGACACAUUCUGCGACCUCAGUCGUCGAAACCUCAGUCCUCAGCCUUUGAUGAUUCGUGUUUGAAUCAUAACAUUCAAAGGGUUAACUCAUUUACAACUAAUAAGACAACUUUGUGCAGCUGUUGGUGUCAGGGAUGGGCUGAGAUUCUUGUUAGAAGAUCGACUGGAGUCAGUUCAUGGAUUGUUCGCCUUCAGAACUCAUUGGGUAACUUUCCCUACUCGUCCUCCCCUCCCGACGAUUUGCCCGAUUUGACGGCACUGUUGCGUACAAAUCGAACCCGAGAGCCAUCAAUUGAAGGCUCGGGCAGUCAAGAAGCUAUUGACAGCAAAAGAAACAGCUUUGAUAUCAAUGAAAUAGAAAACGAUUCAGUUUUCAAGCGAACGGUUUCCAAUCCACAAAUGGAUGAAAUAUCUGAAAAACCAUUGAUUUCAUCAAAUAAUGAAAAUGGAUCCGAAAAACCGUUUGUUUUCCGACCAAUAGAGACGGCGCCCAUUCCUUCGACUCGAACCAGUCCUUCUCAACCGGUGACCAGAACUCAAUCAUUUGGCAGCAAAAUUAGAUCCGAUUUCAAGACGAGACUUUUGGAUAGAAAAGAAUUUCGAAGUAAUGAUUUAGAAUCACACGCAGAGUUUGCUCCUCAWAGAGGAUAUUCACACUCAAGAGAAACCACUAAAACACCAAUUGUUCCCUUAAGAAUCAAUGAGGCAGAGAAUAUGUCCGGACCCAGGGAUCGGGUUCACACCAUAUCGGUAAUGAGUCCGGCAAAUAUUAAUCGACGUUUUAGUAAAGAUGUCGACACUUCAUAUUCAAUGCCAAAAUAUAGUGGUUUGUGUCCCAAAUACGUGUUUCUUCAGCUGUAUUACAAUUCAAUGAUUUAUGAGAGAUGUCCUGAAAUACGGGUAGACAAAGACAUCGAAGUACACGACAAAACUAAACCAAUAUUAUUGCCUAAAAGUGAUGCAAUCGAUCGUUCGCUGAAAAAUUUGGAUCGCAUUACACCAUAUGAGACACACAAGAUUGGAGUGUUGUAUGUGGGACCGGGACAGGCAAAAGAUAAGACAGCCAUACUAUCUAAUCCGUUCGGAUCAUUGCGUUAUAUCAAGUUUUUACGUGGUUUGGGAAAAAUGAUACGUCUGGAAGAUGUCGACUCUCAGGUAACCUUUCUGGGAGGUCUCGAUGAUAAAGGACAAGAUGGUAAAUAUGCCAUCUCUUGGGAGGAUAAUUUGGUUCAAGUGAUCUUCCAUGUGGCCACUCUGAUGCCCACUAAAACAGACACUGAUCCCAACUUUAACAACAAAAAGAAACACAUUGGCAAUGAUUUUGUUUGUAUUGUCUAUAAUGAAAGUGGAUCUUCAGUUAACAUAUCUACUAUUAAGGGCGACGGACAGUUCAUUCAAGCAAUCGUUGUUAUCACACCUUUUGAAUACAACAGUAAUUUGGUUACCAUUCAGGCAAAAGAAGAUUUCUUGAACCUUAUCGGACACUUUGAUUCACAAAUGCUAUCCGAUUCUGCAUUACCGUUGUUUGUCCGUCAACUGGCCCUUCACGCGAAUUUGGGAUCUAUGGUGUACAAUGUGGGGCAUUCGGGCACAUCUACUUUCCAGACACAACAUGUCUCAAAUUGGGUACAAAGACUAAAGCAAAUUAAACGUAUCCGCCAGCGAUCCACCAAUAAGUCGGGUAAUGAUGCGUCUCACAGGUCUCUCAGCAAUGAUUUGGCCGAUGACUUGACCUCAGGGAUUGGAGUCAAUCCACAAACGGGUGAUAAUUUGAAAUCGCAAUACAUAUUUCCAGAUUUCAAUGAUUAUUCUUAAGAUUAUAAAACAAAACUAGAUAUAUAUAUAUACGA